UGACGACGGAGCCGGGCGCAGUACCCCGGUUUCAGCCGGGACUGGCCCGGCAGCGGUACGGCAGCGUACGGCCGGGCGGAUGCAUGAACCAAUCACAGAGCGGUAUCUACAUCCGUUCCGUGGAUCCGCCUUCCGCACCCGGCGGAGCGGAUCUGGACGGCUUAGACAAAUGAGUGUCGGACGAAGUGUAACUCCUUACUCCUCUCCUCUGCUCCGCGAAAGACAUCGCCCUUGACCUUCAGUAAGUCUAUCGUGCCCUCGAUAACUGUGGGUAUCUAGCAUUCAGCACUCAUAACGGUUCGAACCAAACAGAAUGGCACCACACUCAAUGGAAGACACGCAGCGGCCUUGUUGCUGCUCCUCCGUUCCCUCGGACUCCUCAAUCAACACUCUCAACUCCGUGUCGUCCUCCACAGGCUUCGAAGGCGGGUCAGAUUCUUGCUCCACCCUUCCCUCCCCAUCACCACCGCUACACCCGUCCUCUCAAGACAACCCAGCAUCCUCCCUUUACCGAAUCGAUCUGCACACCCACAUCAUGCCCCCCUCCUUGCCGGACCUGGCCUCCCUCAGCCCCAGCACCCCGGAAUACGCGUGGCCGGCCUUGCGCCCCACGGCCGACCGCGCCGAGACGGGCGCCGUGGACAUGUACGUCGGAGACACCUUCUUCCGGCGAGUAACGCGAUCGUGCUACGACCCGGCAGCGCGCGUGGCCGACAUGGACGCGGCCGGGGUGGACGUCCAGGUGCUCAGCACAGUGCCAGUUCUGUUCUGUUACGACGCGCCGGCGGCGGCUUCGGCGGCGACAGCAGUACUGGCGCGGGUCCUCAACGACCACAUUGCGGCCGUGUGCGCGCAGUUCCCGCAGCGUUUCGUGGGCUUGGCUACGGUGCCUCUACAGGACCCCAUUGCGGCCGUUCGGGAGCUUGAGAGGGUUAUGGCGCUCCCCGGCAUCCGCGGCGUGCAGAUCGGCACGAGUGUCGAAGGUCAGAGUCAAGGGGAUGGGUCUGGGCCCGAGACGGUCAUGCUGGAUGACUCUCGGCUCGAGCCGUUUUGGACAGCGUGCGAGGAGCUCGACUGCCCCGUCUUUGUCCACCCGCUCGGGUACGCGCUCACGGGGGAGAACAAGGCGCGCUGGGGUAGGUACUGGGCGUCGUGGCUCGUGGGGAUGCCGUGCGAGACGGCGCUGGCCAUGCACGCGCUCACUGCCGGCGGGGUGCUGAUCAGGCAUCCGAGGCUGCGUGUGUGCUUUGCCCAUGGCGGCGGGGCGUUCCCCGCGCUGCUGGGCAGGAUCCAGCGCGGGUUCGACUGCCGACCGGAUUUGGUUGCGACGCGGGCGUGUGGUGUGACACCGACGGAGCAUCUCAGGGGGGAGGUGCCCGCGUUGAGCCCGUCUUCCGGGGGAUUGGAGGAUCGAAGACAGAGCCAGGGACACGGUCAGGGGCAGAUCUGGAUCGACUCCCUGACUCACGAUCCGGAUUUGCUGGAGUAUGUUCUUAAAAAGUUGGGACCGGGCGGCCCAGAGCGGAUCGUGCUGGGGAGUGAUUAUCCUUUUCCUUUGGGCGAGGUGCCCGUUGCUGGCAAAAUGCUCAUUGAAGACGAGCGCGUCAGGCAAUUCUUGAGUCUGGACGAGGUGGCGAGGAUUCUCGCGGGCAAUGCUAUUCGGUUUCUGAAGCUUGGACACGAGUUUGAGGACCGGUUCGGGAUGCGGCUAAGGGUCGUGCAAAGUCGGAUGCAGUCAAGGGGCUUGUUGCAGAGUCCAAGGUCAAAAGCUGAGGGAGCUGGCUGGGGUGGCUUUCAUCGCGGAGUGCCAGUCAUGCAUGAAGGUAAAGUGCAAGAUGGAGGGAAAUCAUAUGAUGCGAAGGUGAGAAUUGUCGACGAUGACUGGGAGCUGUCCUCGAUCAGCCACAGCUUUUAGUCUGGCCAGAGUUGAGAUUAGUGUGUCCUUUUGGAGAAUUGGGAUGCUCGUUUUGGCUCGAUUGCCACGGCGAUUGGAAGAGAUAACAAGUUGAA